ACUUCCCCUGAGCUUUGGUUAGUCAAUAAAUAGUACAACAAUUGUUGAACAGUGUAAAACAAAACAGCUCCCAUAGCCGUCCAAACAAAGCUGCUGGAUGGAGACUCUUUACAGUGCGCUCGGAUGGGAGUGGGUGGACUGUCAGAGUGUGUUGAUGUUCCUCGUAGUCUUCCUUUUGAUGGCUGACGUUCUAAAGAACAGAGUCCCUGCUAACUUCCCCCCCGGACCCUGGGCUCUCCCUUUCCUCGGUGACCUGCUUCGCGUUAGUCCCACCAGAUUCCACCUGCAGAUCCCAGAGUUUGCAGAAAAAUAUGGAAGGAUUUUCAGCCUGCGGCUCUUUGGUGGGAGAGUUGUGUUCGUCCAUGGCUACAAGCUGGUGAGAGAGGUCCUUAUCGAGAAGGGAGAGGACUACGAGGAUCGCCCGACGAUACCGUUGUUUAGUGCAUUAGCUGGGAAUAACGGUCUGGUGUUAUCAAAUGGAUAUCCUUGGAAGCAGCAGAGGAGAUUUGCUAUCCGGACCCUCAGGAACUUUGGUUUGGGGAAGAUGUCCCUGGAGCCGUCCCUCCAGCAGGAGAGCCAUUAUCUCUCUGAGGCUUUCACCCUUCACAAAGGCAAGCCUUUUAAUGCGCAGUCCUUGAUACAGAACGGAGUGUCCAACAUCAUCUGCUGCCUGGUGUUUGGGGACCGCUUUGAGUACGAUGACAAGCAGCACAAGUAUAUACUGGAGACCUUCAAGGAGCUGUUGUACCUACAGGGAGGAAUAUGGGCCCAACUGUAUAACAUCCUGCCCGGCCUGAUGAAGUGGCUGCCUGGACCUCACCAGAGGGUUUUCACUCUGACACAAGGUUUGAUCGACUACAUACAGAUGAAAAUCAAGGAACACAGAGAGAGCUUUGACCCGUCCACCCCCAGAGACUACAUUGACUGCUUCCUCUCAGAGAUGGGAGAGAAGGAGGACAAAGAAUCCGGUUUUGAUUUGAAUAACUUGUGUUUUUGCACUCUGGAUCUGUUUGGUGCUGGAACUGAAACGACCACUACGACUUUACACUGGGGACUGCUGUUUAUGAUCUACUACCCUCAUAUUCAAGAGAAGGUCCAGGCGGAGAUAGAUUCUGUGGUUGGGUCAUCCAAGCAGCCCUCUCUGACUGACAGAGAAAACAUGCCGUACAUUGACGCAGUCAUCCAUGAAAUCCAGAGAAUGGCCAACAUUCUUCCCCUCAAUUUGGUCCGCAUGACCAACAAAGAGACCACACUGGACCAGUACACGUUCCCAAAGGGCACCAUGGUCCUGGCCACGCUGAUCUCUGCUCUACGAGACGAGACGAUUUGGGAAACUCCACACACCUUCAACCCUCAGCACUUUCUGGACCAGGAUGGAAAAUUCAGGAAGAGAGAAGCCUUCCUUCCUUUUUCAGCAGGUAAGCGUGUGUGUCUGGGGGAGCAGCUGGCCAGGGCCGAGUUAUUUCUCUUCUUCACCACCCUCCUUCAGAGGUUUUCCUUUUCGGCCCCCCCUGGGGUGCAGCCAACUCUGCAGUACAAGUUAGGAGCCACGCUCUGUCCCAAACCCUACAACCUCUGCGCCGUCUCACGAUGAUCCUACGUUUGUCUCGUAAUAUAUCAAUAUCUACUCUAUUAUAAUCUCUAGGAGUGUGAGUGAAACAUCGUUGGGAUGUAGUUUUCGUUUUUUUGGAUUUUAGGAAAAAGGUCCUAAUGUAAUCUACUGUAAUCAAUAUCCAAUAAGAUCAUUUGGAGUUUAAAAUAAUCCUUUCUACUGCAAUUCUAUUUGUUCUGUUUUUGUAAACCUUGUGUAAAUAAAUAGUCUGAUAAUCA